CCUCAUGCGCGCAGCAAACAAGUGCAAAGUGUACGCCGACAAUUGUUUAAAAGUUUGUGGACAAACAUUCCUAACUUCUGCAGGCAUUACGUCCCCAAACGCCGGAGCCGGAGUGCCGGCGAAUAUAUUGGAACUUCUUAUUCAUUCGAACAACAAGCCGGCGAUAGCCUAUAUUCCGAUCGUUGAUUAACGGACUGUUCAAAGAAAUACCGUAACGGCGUAACCAAAACGACUUGUCGGCGCGGCGAGCCUUCGACUUGACUUUCAGUCCGCAUGUUGCGCCGUGAAAACGUGUAUGGUCGCACGAAGACUUCGACUUGAGCGCAAAACUUAAAAAUAUCAUCAAAAUAUUUCAGUGCGUUUGCAAAAAAUCAUUGUGUUAUUGCGUGAAGAUGGGUUUCGAGGAAACGGAGCCUAGCGUUUAAACUCUGUGACAAAAAGUGUCUUUUAUUUUGUGAACAUUAAAAAAAUAAAUUGACAGAUUAUUAAUUUUUUAAUAAAAAGUUUUGUGAACGUUGUUAUCGGACAAAUCACAAAUUCAAGGAAUUUGUCAACAUGGAGCUGCAGUAUAUUGUUUUGACAAUCAUCAAAAUCCUCAUCUCGGUGCCAACGUUAGUGGUAGUCAUUCAAAUACAAGAAAUUAACGGUGCUGCCUUGAUCGGUGGACACGUGAACAAUGUGAAUGUAGCGCCCAAAUCGAAUAUCACAGAGUUUAAAAUUGAUCUCAGCGAGGAUAACGUUCAGGAAGAACCGAAUGCUGCUGUUAUUACAGUUGAUAAGACUGUCAAUAAUACUGAAGCAGUUCCUGAUCCGGAACCCUUGAUUGUACCAGGAUAUAAUCUACCUGAAAACAUUUUCAAUAAAGGAAAACCGUUUUAUUUGGAGAAGGAUCCAUUGACUGGUAAUAUUGACUUCAAUACCAGAACUAAACUCUACGAGGAAUAUGAUUAUGAUGACGUAGAAUAUGAUAAAUCUUCAAUUGAUCGUAAAGAUGGUCCAUCAACAGGCAGUCAUAAGCCGAGUGACAUUAAUCAACUCACACCUAAUUUCCAUGAUUUCCUUAACUUACCAGUGAAAUAUAAUCCAGAUAAAUAUGUCUAUCCGUUAAUCUCUUCUUCAUACGCUAAUACGAAAGUUCAAGGCAACGUUAAUAAACAUCAGAAUCAUAAGAAUUACGUGGUGACAACUUAUAAACCAACACUGAGUCCGACCUACUUUACAACAAAGUACUACACUCAAGAUAAAGUUAUCAAGUUUACAACACCAAAGAAAACCUAUGAAGACUUACAAUUUACCACCGCUAGCCCAGUUAAGGUGCAGACAACUAGAAAGAUUGAAAAUUUAAUGAAUAGUCCGAUGAAUCACCCAAGUUACAAUAAAGAAUAUUAUAAGAAACCAGCAACGUUAUCUUAUACAACUAAGUUGUCAACAACAACAACGUCGACUAGUACCACUCCAGCUUCGACGAAGAGACCAAUGAGUUUGUUUGAACAAUUAUUUGGUUCGGAUUAUGAAGAUAAUGAUACGACUGAUGCGAUUGUAACCACAACGACACAGGUUUCUAAUACAGAGAUUCCUGUAAAAAGCACUAAACCUUAUUCGGUUACACCAAGUGGACAACACAUUAAACUGUUUCAUAAUUUACCGAAGAAAGCAACAACGCCUGGGUACCAAUCGACGCAUUAUAAUGUAUUAACAGGCUCGCAUAUGUCUGAUAUGAAUAUUAACUAUGAUUAUGAAGAAGAGAAGCCAGCGCAGGUUGCUGAAGUGUCUAAAAAACCUGCGCAAGUUAUUAACAUCACACCGGAACCACUUGAUGUUAAUAAUUCACAAAUGUCUGAAGAUUACGACUAUGAUUAUUUAGACAAAACAACAACAACUUCUACUACUGUAAAACCAACUUCAUCUGUUGUUGUAGAACAGGCGUCUUCUAGUUAUGAAUCAUCUUCUGAAGAUUCAUCUGUUGAUGAAGCUGUAAUCACCACAACCACAGAAGGUACUAAAAUGACUUCACUUCCGCUGGGUGAAAAUCAUAUUCAUCAUGUUCAUACUCCAAACAGACCGAUUAUUGUUACCAGUCAAAAUCUACGCGAGCAAUUAAAUGGGGAGAAAGUUGGUUAUGUUCAUCCUCAAGCGCCAUCUACUAGUUCUAUUCAUAUAGCACCUGAUCAGGACACUGUCAGUUUUGUAAUGGGUAAUCAUCAAAAUGUGGAAGGUGGUGCCAAUGGUGGUAACCCAGGAGGAUAUGUCGGUACUUCUUUGAAGGAAAGUCCGUAUGAAUCUAAUCCCUUCCGGCCUGUGUAUGACCAACAACCUGAAGAGUUGCAGGUUAAGAAUGACUAUAAUAAGCCCUAUUUAAACAAUUUAAAUAACCAGCAACAAACUGUUGGUAGUUCCGUGACUAUUCAACCUAUCAAAAACAGUGAAGCUUCUUUGUCAAUUGGUAGUCAGAUUGUAUUGAAACCAGGUCAUGUUAUGGAUGAAAAGAUUGAGGAUAUUGAGUAUACACAUGGUGCGAAGAUUGUUUUCCCUGAUUCGGAUAAAUCUACUACUUUAACACCAGAUUUAAGUCCGCCUCCACCUCCAAAAGUAUCCUAUGCUAGUCCUCCAUUUAAUGUUCACUUGGUUCAGCAUACAACUAGUGGAUUACCACCAACUGGAUCACAUAAAGAAGUUUUGAAACUGAACUCUAAACCAAUGUUCCAUCAACUACCCUCUGAGUUAACCCCGCCUGAAUCUGUUGUUAAGUUACCACCACGUGUACGACCACCAUGGGAUCCUCGACCGGGACAUUUCCAUGCGGGUAGACCGGAAUAUGCACGACCACCACGACCACAAGAAGUUUACAAACGUGUAGAUUCUUUGCCCAAUAUUCUUCCUCAGUUUAGGCCAAAUAUGCCUAACAAGCCAAUGCAUCAUCAUCCGUAUCUACCACAUGGACAACAUCCACAUUUUGAUAGGACUCAACAUCAACAUCACCAACAACAAUCAGUUAAUCAACAGCAUAAGCAUGUUCAACAGCAACAACAUCAUGGACCACCACAUGGUACCCAAAAUUACGCAAGACAACCAUUACUCGAACGACCUUCAAAUAAUAGACCAAUUGGUUUCUUUGAAAAACUUCACCCACCACCAAUUCCUGGUAACUCUCAAAGCAAAAUUCCUUCAAAAGUAGCAGAAGAUAGAAUUGGACCUAAACCAGGUCAUGGUCACCAACAAACAUCACCACACCAACAACAGCAACAACAACAACAACAACAAGGACCUCAAGGAUUACCACCAAUGCAAGAACACUUUGCGUAUUUACAAGCACCACCAAAAAUUGUUGUGCCCAAUAGACGCAAUGGUGAAGAUCCAGAAACACUGCAAAUGCUUCAAGCUAAACAAGAAAAGAAAUCGGAUAAACCCAUUUUUAAACAAAAAAUUGACAUUAAAGAAAAUGUCAUUAAGGAUAGCACAAACAAAGAUAUCACAGCCCUUAAAACCCAGGGUAGUACAGAUAAACCAUUAUACGUAGUGUAUCCAGUAAAUUCAGCACCUAUCAAACUAGAUGCCAUUGAUAACAAUAAAAAAGAAACAGUGGUGAUUGGUACGCGUGCAGAGCUUCCAUUACCACCAUCAAAAAUUAAACCAAACGUCCAACCAUCUUCAAUAGCCACUGAAGUAGAUUUUAACUACGAAGUAAAGGACAGACAUGAUUCACCUAUACUCAAACCACGUCCUGCAACAUUCCCAUUCAAAUCUGAUUUCCCAUAUCCACUUGAACGACCUGAUCCUUCCAUUCUCCCCAGUGAUAUGGAAAACAAGCUUCCUGAUGAACCCACCCUAAUAUCUUCCAAUCAAUGGAACACGAUUGAAGAUACUGAACCAAGGAUAGUUAACCAUAACACGCCGCAAGCUAACAACAAUCAAAUUUCGGUAACUCUUAAGACCUAUACGGAGAAGCCAAUUGCUGUUGCCUAUACACCAACAGAAAGCAACAAAUUCUCAAUGCCAAACUACGCCAGUUUGGUGAUACCUGAAAUUCGAGAUUCGGAGAUCACCGUCAGUGCUGUAAUGCACCACGGUCAACCAUCGCCACCGGUUGUCCAUCAUCGACCAAUCGUUAAGCCACAAGCUCACAAUGAGGAAGUGAACCAGGCGAACGCACCGCGGCCACAGGCGGAAUUCCAAGCGCCGUUCCAGGCCAGCGCACAUGUCGACCAUUCGCUGUCCCAAGGAUGGGCAGUCGUGCGCGAAAAAGACGAACGCAAAGACGAAAUCACCACGCUACCGGUUCAAACAACGAGCGAGUUUGACAUAGAAAACUUCAAGCCUCAACUUGAAGGUGGCUUCAAGCCCAUUUACUCCUACUCGGAGGAUAGUAAAGAGGCGAAGGAUAGUGAAAAAGACGUUGUUAUUAAUGAAAGGCAAGAAUAACCUAAUUGAACAAAAAAAGACUAAUAUAUAAUUAAUUUACGCAAAGAACGAAAACUAUUUCACUGAGUUUAUGAUUCUUUGAUAUUCUAGCGAAACUAUUACACGAAUGAGCAGAUGAAGAUUGAGGUGUUGGUAAUAUUGGGAAUCUAAGUUCGAAGAAUUGAUCAAAUCUUGAACUUGAACUACCAGUUUAUUUAUUCAUUUUUUCGGACUUACUAUAUUUAUUUAUUUAUUUGUUUUUAAUGUGUCUUUUCUGUACUUUCGUACUUUUAAAUUGGUAUUAUAAUUGUAACUUAUUUGUUAUUUUUAUCGACUGUAUAAAUGCAUACUUCUCAAUGUAUUAUUUUUAAUUUUAAUCAUAUGUACGAGAAGUACAUGGUAGGAUACAAAGUGGUACAUAUAAUUGAGCAUGUAAAGUGUACUAAACUGCUGAAAUUGAUAAGUUUAUAUGCGACACGUUAAAGUAAUUAGAUUAAUAAUUAAUGUAAAAAUGUUAAAAGCCGUGUUUUAUAUUUUAAAUAUUAAUAUUAAAUAUACAAACCACUAAA